CACUGGCGUUUAAAUCUGCUGCAGUGGGAAGCCCGUGGACGUCUGUCACCGUGAGUGAAUCUGCUCUAUUGGAGGAUCUGGCGCUCGUUUUCUCUUCUCUUUCAUAAUAGCAAUUGUAUCUCUUGCAUUUGCUGAGUGAUACAUUGUAGCCUCUAGCGACGCGCGCUUUUAUUCCAACAAAGCCUGAAUGAAAGGCUGCCUGUUUGGCCAUGUUUUCGACCGUAACAUUUAAACAGAAUAUUAUAUAAUGCAUCAUAUUUUGUAAUUAUGGUCUAAUCUUUCGCGCAUUUUGUGUCGUGAGUGGCCUAUAGAGACAAGGGAACAGUUUCAAUGGACUCUUAAAAUACAUCGACGUCAUUACAAAUCCAUUCAUUUGAAUACACUGCAGUAGGACUAAGGCGCAUUUGUGCAUAUUGUGAAAUAAUUAUCCGAAAACAACAGAUAUAUCGUCUAAGGUUGCCUAUACUCGAGUUGCAUCAUGUUCAGCUGGUUGGGUACCGAUGACAGGAGAAAGAAAGAUCCAGAGGUCUUCCAGACUGUCAGUGAAGGACUCAAGAAGCUUUACAAAACCAAACUGCUUCCACUGGAGGAACACUACAAAUUCCACGAGUUUCACUCACCCGCUUUGGAGGAUGCAGAUUUUGACAAUAAGCCCAUGGUUCUCCUGGUGGGACAGUAUUCCACUGGCAAAACCAGCUUCAUAAGAUAUCUUCUGGAGCAGGACUUCCCUGGUAUGCGGAUCGGUCCAGAACCCACAACUGACUCCUUCAUAGCAGUGAUGCAUGGCACCAUGGAGGGACUAAUACCAGGAAACGCGCUGGUAGUGGAUCCCAAAAAACCCUUUCGGAAACUCAACGCCUUUGGGAAUGCCUUCCUUAACAGGUUUGUGUGUGCCCAGCUGCCCAACCCUGUUCUGGAGAGCAUCAGUGUGAUUGACACUCCAGGAAUCCUGAGCGGAGAGAAACAAAGGAUCAGCAGAGGCUAUGACUUCGCUGCGGUGUUGGAGUGGUUCGCCGAACGCGUGGACCGCAUCAUCCUGCUGUUCGACGCCCACAAGCUGGACAUCUCGGACGAGUUCUCAGAAGUCAUCAAGGCCCUCAAGAACCAUGAGGACAAGAUCCGCGUGGUGCUCAACAAGGCCGACCAGAUCGAGACGCAACAGUUAAUGCGCGUCUACGGUGCCCUCAUGUGGUCGCUGGGGAAGAUCGUCAACACACCUGAGGUGAUUCGUGUCUACAUCGGCUCUUUUUGGUCGCAUCCGUUGCUGAUUCCAGACAAUCGCAAGCUGUUUGAGGCAGAAGAGCAAGACCUGUUCAAGGAUAUCCAGUCGCUGCCACGUAACGCCGCCCUUCGCAAGCUCAACGAUCUGAUCAAGAGAGCUCGUCUUGCUAAGGUCCAUGCAUACAUCAUUAGCUCCUUGAAAAAAGAAAUGCCCUCGGUCUUUGGGAAGGACAACAAAAAGAAGGAGCUUGUUAACAGCUUGGCCGAGAUCUACAGCCGCAUUGAGAGGGAACAUCAGAUUUCCCCGGGAGACUUCCCUAAUCUUAAGAAAAUGCAGGAGCAGCUUCAAGCACACGAUCUGAACAAGUUCCAGCCUCUGAAAAUGAAGCUGUUGGACACCGUGGACGACAUGCUGGGCCAUGACAUCGCCCAGCUUAUGGUUCUGGUGCGUCAGGAGGAGACGCAGUGCCCCAACCAGGUGGUGAAGGGUGGCGCCUUCGAGGGCACCAUGAAUGGGCCGUUCGGACACGGAUAUGGCGAGGGAGCCGGCGAGGGCAUUGAUGAAGUCGAAUGGGUGGUGGCACGUGACAAACCUAUGUAUGAUGAAAUCUUCUACACUCUCUCACCCGUCAAUGGAAAAGUGACUGGAGCCAAUGCCAAGAAGGAGAUGGUGAAGUCCAAGCUGCCAAACACUGUGCUGGGUAAGAUCUGGAAGCUGGCUGACAUUGAUAAAGAUGGGAUGCUCGAUGAUGAGGAGUUUGCCUUGGCCAAUCACCUGAUCAAGGUCAAACUAGAAGGUCACGAGCUUCCAAGCGAACUGCCCGCUCAUCUUGUGCCGCCCUCUAAAAGAAAGGUUCCAGAGUAAGAUUGGUUUGGAAUUGGGAUGGAUUUUGGGAAAGCAUAUAGUUUGAAUUACCGAUGGCCGGACAACUUUUACUAUACUGUAGAAAAAAAGAAAACUGUUUUUGAAAUGUGUGGUUUAUGCUUCACUAGCAAGAAUGGAUUUGGAACUCUUUUGACUUGUGUAUGUAUUUUUUUGUUUUGUUUUAUUUUUUAUGAACAAAUUGUGCUGUCUGCAGUCUGUUUUAUGUGUGCUUUCAGAUUUUACAAUCAUAUUUUUAUGCCACAAUUUCAAUUUCAUCUGUUCAGCUAUCAUGACUGUAAUGCUGAGUCCUAACCAGUCAUGUUGCGAUGAAUGAUAUUAAAUGUAAAACAGCACAUUUUGUCGAUCACAAGAUUUCAGUUUCUGUGACAAUUUGCUUGCUAGCCUUUCCCACAGUGAAAUCUCAUUGGUCUAAAAAUCUACUUCAGGUAAUUACAUUAAACAUCGUUAUCUUCUGAUUGGUCAACAAUGACAUUGUGUCACGUUUCGUAGCUGUUUUGUGUUCAGGCGAUUAUUUGUCGCAUUGCGCCUGGUUAGGACACGCUAAAAUGCUUUUCAAUAUAUUUCACUUUCACGCUCAAUUUACACUACUGUUCAAAAGUUUAGAAUCAAUAAGUUGUUUUUGAAAAUCUCUUUUGCU